UUUCAUUUUUCCUGUAAGCACUUCAUUUUUGUUUUCUAGAAGUAACGCGAGUGCAGUGUUUCCACUGAGAGCAAUGAAAAAGUCCCACAGCAGGCUUUCUCAGGGAAGCAUCUGCAGUGUGCACAAACCAAAAGCUCAGCCCCCGAGAACCACCAAGUCCAGCAGGAGUCCAGAACAGUGCUCUUUGGGUGCAGCAUUGCCCCUGUGCUCCAGUGACGAAUUGAAGAGCAGGUGCCCAUCGGGAUGCACGGUACAGGGGCUUCUUGAUGCAGCAGAAAGGAGUGUCUCGCAGCGUAUAAGCAAAAUAUGUGAAAGGAUCAUAGAAGAUGAAAAUGCACUAAAUAGAACCCUGCUUCUGACCAAAGAGCUCUACUAUGAUCAGAGGAGAACUAUUGUCAAACAUUACAUUGCUGAGACCAGACAGCUGGAGCUUCAAGAGGAGUUGCAGCUGAAACUCUCCACCUUGCAAAAGCGUUCAGCAGACCUGGCGAAGAUGCUUGAGGCCAAACGCAGUCUCAUCAGACAGCAAAUCAUGGCAAUGCAUCAAACUGAGGUGGACGUUGACAUAAAGAUGCGGGCUUGCCAAGGGUCCUGCAGAAGUGCCUUCAUCUAUCACAUAAACCCACAGGACUACGAGUCACUGGAGGAUGAGCUUUCCAAGGCUGGUCAAACCUCUGGGCAGAUGUGGAGGUUGACCAUAAAUGCAGGAAAGAUUCAAAUGGAAUCGCUGGAUAGAAACAGCGCAUCACUCCCAUCAUACAGAGAUCACCCAUUUAUCAGAGAGGAGUUUCUCUCCCAGUUUGAAGACAUGCCAGAAUAUCGAGUUUCAGCAGAAAAAUCUGCACAGAAAAAGAAGAAUUAGAAUCAGAAUCAGAUGAGUUUUAUUGGCCAGUAUGCUGACGCACAUAAGGAAUUUGUUGUGGCUCUAGGUGUCUCCAGUAUUUACAGACAAACAAACAAACAGCAGACACAGAAUUACAGAAUAAAUAAAUA